CACCAGGAACUCAGUUUUUAUUGUGUCCUCGCAAAGUCAGGAGGUAUCGACAAGGCCUUUAGGUAGGCCCAACAAAGAAAUACGGCAGUCCCGGUUCCAGGGGUAGGACCCGAACCAGUAUUCACUGAAUUACGGGGUUAACCCCGCUCGGGACACCACCAGUGUAAACGGGUCACCAGUACCCAAGGGGAUGAGUGUGAGGCUCCCUCUAACCUCUCCCCGUUGCACCCCACGACGGCAGUUAACACCGCCAGUAGUAGGAGGAGAGCGACGCUGCCCCAGCACCAUACAGCAGCAUCUGUGGAGGAUAACUCCGCUUACCACACUCCUCUCCCCAAGCCCCUACUUACGGGGUAGGGACAGCAGAGGUGGGUACGGCGAGUGGGGCAGCCGCAAAUGCACAGAGCGCGACGCGCGCCUUACAGAGAUUUGCGCCAUAUCUGCGCGCGCAUCAUACCUUCGCGCCGAACAGGAGGAACUUCCGGUGACGUACUUCCGGGUAAGCGUUGCGCCGCAUACGCACCAAGCCCGAGGCCAUACGUCACCCUGCUCAUUGGCGCCAAGGACACAGACGGAGACGGACGCAGCACUUGCGCCUCUCCACCGAUUCCAGCACACAGAAGUACUGGCUGAUUCUCCUAUUCCCCUAUUAUCCGCUCCUACUCACACCAGGUAUUAGGGUUUUUAGGAGGGAUCGAGAGGGAUAUAAUAAAGAUGUCUGAGGGGAAGAGGGACUCAUUAUUCCUCAGGGGGGAGAAGCAGAACACUAAGGUAAUGUUCUUUGCAUGCUCUAUUUGCAAGACUAAAUUUAAGUCUGGGCAGAAGGACCCAGUCUGUGCAUCCUGUAGCACGGCCAGCUCAGCAGAGGCCUCCGCUCCCGCACAUAACCCGGCCUUGCCGGCAACACCAUUCAUAGGGGAAAAUAUGCCUGAACACUCCACAGGUCCCUCUGCAUCUGUGGACACGGGUAACCCUGCUGCGCCAGCAUGGGCAAUAUCCCUAUCCCAAUCACUGACAGCACUACAGGGGAAUACCACUUUUGGCAUCAUCUCUAGACAAGGUACUAGAGAAGCUUUCGUCCCCAGUCACCCCAAAAAGACAGCUCAAGUGCAAAGCAGCCGCAGUUAGUGAAUCACACAUCAUACCAGGCUCACCCUCAGAUUCUGAGGAAGAACCCCUCAGCGAAGGGGAACUCUCACCCUCAGCAUCUGAAGGGGAGGAUUCCUCGGUCACGACAGAACAUUCAACAAAGGUUGAUGACCUGAUCACAGCAGUAAUGGAAGUCCUGAAGGUUGAAGAAACCACUUCAACCACCAAAAAGAGCAAGGGCCUAUUCCGUAGGUCGGCGGAUCAUUCCAUUGUUUUUCCGGUACAUGAGCAAUUACAGGCCAUUAUACAGGAAGAAUGGAAUACACCUGAACAUAAGUUUCAGGUUACUAAGAAAUUUGCUAAGCUUUACCCUAUCCCUAAAGAGGAGAUGGAGAAGUGGGGUAGCCCACCAGCCGUGGAUGCUCCUGUGUCACGGCUCUCUAAGAGCACCGCUUUACCAGUCGCAGAUGCUUCAGCAUUUAAGGAUGCGACGGAUAAAAAACUAGAGGGUUUCCUUAAGGCCAUUUAUACAGCAGCAGGUGCCGCACUCCGCCCAACCAUCGCUAUGGCAUGGGUGGGUAGAGCACUGGAGGCUUGGUCGGACCUUAUCCUCACGGGCAUUCGAGAGGAAAUACCUGUGGAGGAUAUAGAAACCUUAGUCUUACGCAUCCAGGAAGCAAGCUCCUACCUAAGCGAGGCUUCUUUGGACGUCCUAAAAACAGUAGCACGCUCUUCGGCGCUGUCAGUAGCAGCACGCCGCGCACUGUGGUUGCGUCUCUGGUCGGCAGACCUGAGUUCAAAAAGGUCUCUUACAUCCCUACCCUUCAAGGGUUCGCGCUUGUUCGGCAAAGAACUGGAGAAAAUUAUUUUCAGGCUACCGGGGGUAAAAGUACCGCAAACAAAAGCCAAACACAAUCCCUCGACAGGAAAGAGGAGGUUUUUUCGAGGCCAAGGAUUUCGCAACUCCAAGAGUUCGUCACCAACCAGACAAUUUUCUCACAAGGGAAGAUACAACCCAAAAGGCAAGCCCACAUGGCAGCCUAGAAAAUCUUCAAACAAAACUCCCCAUGACAAGCAAUCAUCCACAUGACUGGCCGACCG